AUGUCAUCAGUUAGUGAGGCUCAAAUAUUGGAUUUAUUUAGACAGAAUACUAUUGUUGAAAUUAAAGAUUAUAAUAUAGAAUUAUCACAGAAGACAGUUAAAGUUAAAGAUGAGUUUAAAGAAGCUUUGUACCAAAACUACCAACAAAUAUUGAAUGUCACAAAUGAUAUAGAUUCAUUGCUAACUAACUUGAAAACUACAAAUACGGAAUUCACGAAAUUAUGUUUUGAUGAUAAUUCUUUUAAACUGAAUAAGCUCCCUGAUUUUAUUUCCCCACAACCUAAUGCUACCGAUAUAGAUCUAUCUGAUAAUCACAUCGAAGAGGAUUUGAAUUCAACAACGUCAAAUAUUCUAAUAGUAUCACAGUGGUCAAUUGCCGUGUCUGAUUUCAUUUGUAGAUUUAAUGCAUCAUCUACUUCAUCUGAAGAAUUACUAGAUAACCUUAUUAGAUUAUUUUUUAAACUCUCUGACAAUAUUGAUGUUAUUUUAAAAAAAUUCAAGGUCUCUGUUGAAAGAAAUUCCAAACAAUUCAUUGAUUUCUUAUUUGACGUUUCAUCAUAUGGUAAUCAUACUUUCUUUUCACUAAAACAAUGGAUUAUGAUCUAUAAAUUGGUUAAUGACGAAAAAAUAUCGAAAUUAGCUUGGGAUAAAAGUAUUUUAACAAAAUUAAAUAAUGCAUUCUUCCAAAAUAUUUUUAAAUUUAGUGAAAACGAAUUAUUUUAUCACAAUUAUACAAAAAUGAAUAAUAACAACUUUAACAAGGAUAGUUCACUUAUCAAGGAUUUUAUAGAGACCGAUAUAUUCAAAACAAAAUAUAUUGAAAACUUAGAGUCUCAAAUCGAUAAUAAAUUUAAAAUUAUCAACUCGAUUAGAAACGAAAUCGAGAAGGAAAAUGGCGAUAUAAGAAACAAUGAGUUGAACAUCCCCAAAGUUACAUUACGUUUUUAUCCAGAAACAACACAUAAUUCUAUUAGUAUCUCAGAACUUGUAGCGAAUUCCUAUAAUCAAUCCUUGGGUUUAACAACUUCUAAAAGAAACGACUUAUAUGUCAAUAUAAAGCCAUUGUUAACCUUAUUAUCACAAUUGAAAAAGCAUUCAGAGAAUGAUUUCAAUAAAGCAAAUUGUAAGAAACAAUCCGAUAAAUUAAUUAAAAUAUUAGAAGAAAUAAUACCCAAGGUGAGUGAGACAGAACUUGAGAUCAACAAAGAUGAAACGGUAAAUAUGUUUGUUGAUGAUUUUGUUAAUCUAUCAAGUGAUUUGAAAUUUAGAGACCUUCUUAAUAAAUUAAUCAAGGAAAUAAAAGAAAUAUAA